AUGUAUAUAGGCAGCACCGGGGUUGACGGGCUUCAUCAUCUUAUAAAGGAAUUGCUCGACAACGCGGUGGAUGAAGCGCUGGCCGGCCAUUGCGACCGUAUCGAUGUGCAUCUGGCCAAGGAUGGCGCGGUUACUGUCUCUGACAAUGGACGCGGGAUUCCGGUGGACGUGCACCCUGACACAGGGGUUUCCGGGCUGGAAACGGUGCUGACAACGCUGCACGCCGGGGGCAAAUUCGACGGAGCAGCCUACAAGGUAUCGGGAGGGCUGCACGGCGUGGGAGCUUCGGUGGUGAAUGCGCUGGCGUCACAACUGCACGCUGAAGUUUACCGUGGAGGUCACCGCUACACGCAGGACUAUUCGCGGGGAAUUCCGUCCACCGAACUGGUGCGCCACCAGCGGGUGAACAAGCACGGCACGAUGGUAACGUAUUGCGCCGACCCGGACAUCUUCCCGGAGAUAACCUACGACUUUGGGCGCCUGGUAGCGCAGCUGCGGCAAACCGCGUACCUGAACAAGGGUUUGGAAAUCUCCCUGGUGAGCGAGUUCCACGAGGCAGAGCGCAACGGCGACGUGGAGCGCAGCUUCUUCUUUGACACUGGCGUGGCCAGCAUGGUGCGAAACAUUAACCGCAAGCGCAACGUGGUUAUGCCGGAGCCGUUUUACUACCAACGCAACGCGGAUGACGCGGACGUGGAAGUGGCGUUCCAGUAUCACCACACCGACGGGCACGAUAAUCUGGCCGCCGACGAGCGCACGUUUGCCAACUGCAUCCUGACGUCUGAAGGCGGGACACACCUGGCCGGGUUCCGGUCGGCGUUGACUCGGGUGCUCAACGACCAUGCCCGCAAGCAGAACGUGUUCAAAGACCCGAAGGAUUCUUUCACCGGCGAUGACACCAGGGGCGGAUUGGUAGCCAUCAUCAGCGUGAAGUUGGGGGAUCCGCAGUUUGAGGGUCAAACCAAAAACAAGUUGAGCAAUCCCGAAAUCCGCGGCCGCGUAGAAACCGCCACCGCCGAAGGUUUGACGCGGUUCCUGGAAGAAAACCCAACCGCCGCCAAGAGCAUGCUGGAUAAGGUGCAAACCAACCAUGCUGCCCGCGAAGCGGCUCGCCGCGCCAGGGACCUGGUGUUGCGGAAGAACGCGCUGGACGGCACUUCGCUACCCGGCAAACUGGCUGACUGCGCCGAGCGAGACCCGGCCAAGUCGGAACUGUAUAUCGUGGAGGGCGAAUCGGCUGGGGGUUCGGCGAAGAUGGGCCGUGACCGUCAGUUCCAGGCCAUCCUGCCGCUGAAGGGCAAGAUCCUGAAUGUGGAACGGUUCCUGGACAAGGUGGAACGCAUCCUGGGCCACGAGGAGAUUCGGGCCGUCAUCGCGGCAGUCGGAACCGGAGAGGGCGAGGCAUUCGACAUCUCCAAGCUCCGCUACCACUACAUCAUCAUCAUGACCGACGCCGACGUGGAUGGAUCGCAUAUCCGCACGCUCAUCCUGACGUAUUUCUACCGGAGGAUGCGACCGCUGAUAGAUGGCGGGUUCCUGUACAUUGCCCAGCCACCGUUGUAUCGGGUGCAACGGGGCCGCAACAUCGCCUACGCCUACAGCGAGGACGAAAAGGACCAACUGAUCAAGAAGAUGUCCACGGCGCGAGCCGAACCGGCGGUGCAGCGUUACAAGGGUCUUGGGGAGAUGAACGCCGACCAGCUUUGGGACACGACCAUGAAUCCGGAAACGCGCAAGAUGCUGCGGGUUUCGGCGCAUGAUCUGGCCGAGGCGCACGACGUGUUCGAGAUGUUGAUGGCAAUCGGGACGACCACAAGGGUUCGAACCGCCGCCGUGGAUCCGACCGAUGGCAUGCUCCUGCUGUUGUCGGAGGCCGAGCUGCAAUGUGAAGUGGCACGGCUGGCGGGAGAGAUCGACCGGGAUUAUGCCGAUACGGGUGUGGUGCUGGUCGGUGUAUUGAAGGGCGCGGCACUGUUUGUCGCUGACUUGCUGCGGCAGUUACGGGUGGAGGUCAUCAGCGUCGAAUACCUGAGGGCCAGCAGCUACGGCAGCGGCACCUCGUCGUCGGGGACGGUGAGGAUCGAGGGGACGCCCGCCUCCGAAAACAUUGCCGGGCGGCAUGUGCUGCUGGUGGACGACAUUACCGACACGGGCCACACGCUGGUUGCGGUGUCGGAGUACCUGGAGGCGAUGCAGCCGGCCUCGCUACGGAUAUGUACGCUACUGGACAAACCCGACCGCCGCGAAGCCGAAAUCGGGUACGACUAUGUGGGGUUCAGCAUUCCCAACCAUUUCGUGGUGGGCUACGGGAUGGACCUGGAUGAACGAUACCGGGGGCUGCCGGCGGUUUACUACUUUCCGUAA